AUGAAUUCCUCGACGGUUAACGCCCGACAGAGGCGCAUUAUCCAAUUAUCACAGCAAUGGGGUUUCUCACUACCACCCAAUGCCCCUACUCCUCUCACGCGACCACCUCACCCAACCUCUUUCCGAACUCACGGUGAUGAUGAAGUCGCUGAGGGCCUGCUGCAGAGGCGGUCCGCUGAAGUCGCACAGCUGCGACCUAAGAGUGGUUUGUCGCGAGCCUUCUCGUCGAGUAACCUGAAAAAAGGAAAGCAUUGGGAUACCAAAGAGAUACUAAACGUAUUGAAUUCUUGGGUCGACAGUUCAGGCUCGCCCGGUGUAGCCGAAUCUUUGAUUGCGAAAUUGGCUGCAGCCGGUGUCGACCUAGGUGGUAUGCAGACUCAGAAGCAGGGAUUAUUAAACAGAAGAAAAAGCGUUGAACAUGGCCUUGAUCGAACUCGUCUUCUCAAGUCCGCAAUCGAACGAGACCAGCUAGACAUGGUACAUGUGCUUAUACCGCAUGCUGACCCAUUGACCCUCGAUAUUUGUCUUCCAGCUGCGGUAAGAACUAGAAAUGCACGAAUCGUUGAGGUCCUAUUGAGGUAUGGGGCAAAUGCAUCCAACACCGCGGAGGGGCAGGACGAAUUCCGCAAAGCGUGCUCUGUUCCAGCUUUAUCAGAGAUCGCAUCGCUCAUUCUAAGAUCUGAUGGACGGCCAGAAGAAAUAUGCACAUCGCAGGCGCUUACCGACGCCACAAGAGCACAAUGUUUCGACACUGUUUUACAUCUGAGUCGUUCCACCGCAGAUGGGAAUUACAAUAACGCUGAAGCUCUCAAGAUCGCUAUCAACGACCAGCGAAGAGAUAUCGCAAUGGCAAUUGCCACGGGAAACAAGUCGCCUCAAAGUCCCGGCCUUGAUGAGGCUUUCGAGCAGCUCAUGAACAACACAGAACUAGAACCACGGUCAAAACUUGACUUUGCUGAGCUUCUGCUUUGUUGCGGCGCCCAGGGCCCUAUACUGGAAAGAUCACUUGAAGUGGCCUGCGAGACACAGUUCUUUGAUAUGGCUGACCUUUUGGCUCGUUAUGGGGCUUCAAUCGAGCACAACGACGCUUCUGCUUUGAAAACCGCCAUCUCAAAGGGCCAAACCAGCCUUGUGGGCUCUCUUCUCAACGGAUCGUCCAAGAUUGAUCCUACGUUGGCAUCAAGUUGUGUCCCUCUGAUUCCUGAGCAUGCAGAUCCUGGAACUCGACAAAAUUUGCUAUACUCGCUCCUCAGACGGGGAGCAAAUGGCGAUGUCCUGAAUGAUUGCCUCAUUCUAGCUGCUAACGCCGGGGACGCUCAUUCUGUAGAACUUCUACUCAACCCUCACUUUCGCGAGCCACCCAGUGGGAAGCAAAAUGGGCAGGUAAAGCCACGCAUCACUAACCGUCACGCUGUUGCAUCGCCUGAUUAUCAGAACGGAGAGGCCCUACGCAUAGCAAUCCUAGCCGGAAAUGCAGACAUGGCAGCCAAAAUCCUGUUUGCAAGACCUUCAAACGAAACACUUACCGCAAUAUUUCCUCUAGUCAAGAGCCUCCCCCCGACGGAUCGAUAUCGUAUGGUUGAGAUGUUCCUAAGGGGAGCUCUCACCGGCCCAGCUUUGCACAAGGCUCUUCAAGAUGCAAUCAGUGAAGACCCUUCCCAGAGAGAUGAUGCUCUGAUCGAUCUUUUACUCAAGUAUAAUGCGGACAUCAAUUAUGACGAUGGCGCUGGACUCACCCAGAUCAUAAAUCAGAUGGACCUGGGGUUAUUCACCAAAUUGAUGCAAAACGCUUCUCCCCAGACAGCAGCUGCGCAUGUCAACAAUGUGAUGAGUAUCGAUAACCACCAAAUCAGGUACGAGAUGAUGUCAAUGCUGUUCAACGCCAGGGCGAGCGUCGCUGGACAACAGGUCGCGGAAGCUCUCCUUGCGAAUAUAUCGGAAAUACCUGUUGACAUGUCUCUUCUUCGACUUAUCCUUGAACAAGGAAGGCCAGACAUCAACGGCCUCAAUGGCCAUAUUCUGCAGAAAGCCGCCCAAACCCCUGACCCCAAGGUUAUUGAUCUGAUCCUGACCUUGGGCAAACACAACCAUGACACCAUCUCUGUUUGUCUCGAAGGACUAGCAAAAAUCCCUUCCAGCGAGAACAAAGCGUGGAAGCUUGAUGUUAUUCUGACCAGAUCACCCAAGAAGAUCAACCUGGAUGCAAUGCUUGUGCAUGAAGUCCAGACUCUUAUCGAGGACAAAUCUGGCAAUGCCUCGUUCAAAACGCUGCAGAAACUUUUGGAUCGCGGCGCCGAUGUGAACGCUUUCCAGGCAAGAGCACUAUGCAGUGCGGUCAAAGGAGCGAAGGACACGAUAGUUGACACCCUGUUCGCUAGUGAGAAACCACCGACAGCGGCAUCACUAGCAUUCGCUCUUCCGCAGGCCCUAAAGAUCUCGGAUCCUAUGACCCGCUUGACUUUCACUAAGAGUCUAGUAGAAUCUGGAGCCUCCCCUCGUGAAGUCAACAGAGCAUUGAUCCAUGCUAUUAGCCAUUUCACUACAGACGUAGCUUUGAUAUGCGUUCUAGCCACUUAUGCUGAUGCGUCUGAUGGAGAAGCCCUGACACUCGCUGUUACCAGAGAGUCAGUCGAAGUCUUGGAUCUUCUUCUCCCACAGCUCAAGCAUACGGAUGAGACCAGAGAUUCUUGCUUGGAUCAGGCGAUGAAGAUCGCCGACUGGACGGUUCGUCUUGAUAUCUGCAAUCGUCUAGCAAAAUCUGGCGUUUCAUCUCAAGCAGCCUCUAACGCUCUGCUUGUCGCGGCGAGGGAUGGUGAUCUCGAACUUGGGGAUAUUCUUAUUGCUCAUGGUGCCAGUAUUUCCACCAACGGAGGUCAAGCUAUCAUUGAAGCAUGCCGCGGUGGCUCUGUUGAAGUUCUUGAUGUGCUUCUCAAGUCCAACGCCGAUACUCAGAAGAUGACAUUGGAGCGUGGAUUCCAAGCUGCAACUGAGGUUAGAGAUUUGAACAAAAGGGCAAUGGUCUUUCAGCGUCUCCUCAAGAGGGGUGUUUCUGGAGAGGUUGUCGACAUUCAGCUCGUUUCAGCUGCAAAGUACGGCGAAGAGGGACAUGAAGUGUUGCGUGUUUUGCUGGCAGCGGGUGCAGACCCCAACUACAGUAACGGCGAGGCAGUUGUGGCAGCAACCCGAAGUGCCUUUGUCGGUAGUCUUGAGUUAUUGUUGGGAUUGUGGCACGAGGGCGGUAAUCAGAAAAAGGCAUCGCCUCCGACUUUGGUUAGGGCCAUGAAGGCAAGCUGGAAGCUUAACCAAGAUACCAGGCUGCAUAUAGUUCAAGAUCUGAUGAAGGCAGGCAUGCCAGCUGUGGAUGAAGUCCACAUCGCCUUGAGCAAGGCAGUUGGUGAAGACGAACCAGAUGAACGACUAAUACAGGUCUUGCUUGAUUCUGGAGCAUCGCCGUUCACAAACGGUUGCUUUGCCCUUACCCAAGCUGUGCAAGGUGUCAAGGUUGCGGCACUAGAUCUUCUCCUGGGCAGUAAGAUCGACGAGGACGAGAUACUCAAGCUUUUCGAAAAUGGAUUCUCAGAGACACAGUUCAGCACAUGGUUCUCCCCGAACGGUCUAGAGGUUGCAAAAAUGCUUCUAGCGAAAGGGGCUAAGGGAUUGGCUGUCAGCAGUGCUCUGGUGCAGGUGAUGAAGAAUAGCACAGACGAGACUGAGUCAUUGGCUGAUGAGUUUGUUGACUUGUUUGUCGCUCAUGGGGUUGAUAUUGACUUUGAGAAUGGAGAACCUCUGAUUUGCGCGGCAUCAAAGGGUAAUGCCCAUUGGACAGAAAGGCUGCUUGCUUGCAAGCCAUCACCACAGACUCUCACGCUUGCUUUUGAGCGUGUGUUUGAUACGGCAAGGUCACCUGAUGAGGUUCUGAAGCUGUUUGAACUCUUUUCGGGAUAUCGCGAUGGAGAGGUCGGGCUAGAUGUCAUGACGCGGAGUACUGGGUCUGAUCCGAUUCUCAUCAGGGCGAUUUCGCAGUAUCCUAGGUCGACAGAGCUGCUGCAGACGUUGUUGGAUGCUGGUUUCUAUCACGAUCAGACAACAACAUAUCGUAUCCACGACAGCGUGGAUGAGCUUGAAGAGGUGACGGUGCUGGCCUGGGCAAUUGCUCAACCACAGAAGAAGGUCAGCUCGGCACUGAUUAAGAUGCUCAUUCAGCGUGGUGCGAACGUCAACUUCGAGACAACAAUCAGUCGAACCACCCCUCUUAUGAUCGCUAUCCAAGCUCGCCGACCCGAUAUAGUUAAGGAACUACUCAUUGAAGGAGCGAGCGUCGAUAUUACCGAUGCCAUGGGCAGAACACCUCUUGCGAUGGCCACCGAUAUUGGUGGUGAGCUGUCGACUCGCAUGAUGGGCAACUUACUAGCAUUUGAUCAAUCGAAGGAUGAUGGAUCUCUACACAACUCCGCUAGAGAACUUAACUUUGCAGCAGUAUCAGUUCUAGUGGAACAUGGCCAUCAUCCUGACUUCCCUAGUCCACUACAUGAUGGAAGAUCUGCUUUGGGUGAAGUCUGUCGCCAUGGCGCAGGGUCUGGUAAAAUGACAGCAGAUGCAGAGAAGCUCAUGCAGAAGGUCAUGACGUUCUUGAUUGACGCUGGCUCAGAUUUGACCCUGCAGUCGCAUGGAAAGUCUCUGCUUCUUCUCUGCUUCGAUUCUACAGACCCUAUUGUCACUACUCGCAGUUUCUUGAAAGUGGCUAUGUGGAAGGAGAUCAACAAACCGUUCAACCAUUACACUGAUGGCGAGUUUACGUAUUCUCCGACCAUGUACGUCAGCAAAGUGAUGCCCGAAUCGGAUACUCGAGACCAGCUUCUCAGCCUUCUUCGGGCGAACAGAGCAGUGGAUGUCUACUACGCCAACUCUGGAGACCAGCCUGAUGAUGCAGUUGGUCUCCCCAAUGAUAUGGUAGUCCAAGAACGCGAAAGAAAAGCCAGAUUACGACGACUGGCACUUGAAACUGAAGACCACGCUAUUGCGCUCGCACGAGCAAAAGAAGUGGCCAGUGUGGAGAGAGAGAUUUGGAAUCACAAGGCAGAGAUCGAGGACGCCCGCCGUCGCAGACUUCACAACGAAGAUAUCAAUGCAAUCCGACAAAAGGCUGAUCUUGAAGAAACGCUCUUCCUAGCAGCUGUCAAGAGACGACAGCUGGAGCAGAGCAAGGUUACGCAGUCCAGUCUCGAGCGUAUUCAACAAGUCGCCGCAGCUGAACUCCUAGCCGAAGAGACCAGACAACAGAAGAUGAUUGAGUGGGAAUCUAAAUUGAACUCUGAACGAGCCGGUAAUGCGCAAGCACUCAGUAGUCUACGCAUCAGUGAGCGUGAAGAGUUGGAACGCAUCGAACGCGGUGCAGAUGAGAGAGUCAAGAGGAGACUCGAGGCACAGAAAAAAUUGGUUGAGACGCAGGAGAGAUUGGCAAAGAGACUUGCUUCAGGACCUGGAGGGGGAGCGGAUGCCAGGAGGCAGAUUGGAUUCGUGGAAGAGAUUAAUUAA